GCACACGGUCCACAGCGAUCUCCCUGGGUGCCUCAUGUCGCGUAGUGGAUCCGGCCCUGAGCAGCGCCCGCAGGCGUCAGAGGCGGACGCCAUAGAAACCACCUUCCGGGCGAGCGAGCAUCAGCAUAUUCGCUACAACCCGCUGCAAGAUGAGUGGGUGCUGGUGUCAGCUCACCGCAUGAAGCGGCCCUGGCAGGGUCAAGUGGAGCCCCCAAUUCUGGAGACAGUGCCGCGCCAUGACUCCCACAACCCUCUGUGCCCUGGAGCCACCAGAGCCAACGGUGAGGUGAACCCCCACUACGAUGGCACUUUCCUGUUUGACAAUGACUUCCCAGCGCUGCAGCCUGAUGCCCCCAAUCCAGGACUCAGUGAUCACCCUCUCUUCCAAGCAGAGGCCGCCCAAGGAGUUUGUAAGGUCAUGUGCUUCCACCCCUGGUCGGAUGUCACUCUGCCACUCAUGUCAGUUCCUGAGAUCCGCACUGUCGUCGAUGCCUGGGCCUCUGUCACUGAGGAGUUGGGUGCCCAGUACCCUUGGGUGCAGAUCUUUGAGAACAAAGGUGCCAUGAUGGGCUGCUCCAAUCCCCACCCCCAUUGCCAGGUGUGGGCCAGCAGUUUCCUGCCAGAUAUUGCCCAGCGAGAGGAACGAUCCCAGCAGGCCUAUCAGAGUCAGCAUGGGGAGCCUCUGCUGAUGGAGUAUGGCCGCCAGGAACUACUCAGGAAGGAACGUCUGGUUCUGACCAGUGAGCACUGGCUGGUGCUGGUUCCCUUCUGGGCAGUGUGGCCCUUCCAGACACUGCUGCUACCUCGUCGGCAUGUGCGUCGGCUGCCUGAGCUGACCCCUGCAGAGCGUGAUGAUCUAGCCUCCAUCAUGAAGAAGCUCUUGACCAAGUACGACAACCUGUUUGAAACGUCCUUUCCCUAUUCCAUGGGCUGGCACGGGGCACCCACGGGAUCAGAGGCGAAGGCCGACUGGGAUCACUGGCAACUGCACGCCCAUUACUACCCUCCACUCCUGCGCUCUGCCACUGUCCGGAAAUUCAUGGUCGGCUACGAAAUGCUGGCUCAAGCUCAAAGGGACCUAACCCCUGAGCAGGCUGCGGAGAGACUGAGAGCACUUCCUGAAGUCCAUUACCGCUUAGGACAGAAGGACCGGGAAACAGCAGCUAGUUCCUGACCCCAGAGCCCUGACUCUUACCUAAGGGCAUUAGAACCUGGGGAUUGGGCAGCUGGAGGGUCAAUAAAAUGCUUCUCAACCUUU